CCUCAUCCUUUGGACCACAUGUCUCUCGCGACUCUUGGUCAUCAUGGCAAUGCUACUGACGAUAUCUUGAUCAAGCAUCACUCACUCACUCCCUUCUGGCUGACUGAUUGACCGACUCACCUCGUCAUGCCUCCUGGACCAUCAAACCCUCGCACCAAUUCUCGUUCUUCUCGUCCAUCCAAUUCGUCCCGUGGUUUCAGCCAUCAAUUCCGCCUGAACCGUCAACGAGGCGAGACAGAAGCGCUCCUCGCGUCCCAACAUGACGAGGAAGAUGUCGCCGACAGUGACGGUCUGUACCCGCCCCACUGUACGUGGACGAGCGCGCACCGUGAACCUCCUCGUGCCGCCGACCCCUAUGGAAACACUAACUGCAAUGUAUACGAGAAUAUUCAUCGUAUACGAAGAGAUAUCAUCAAUAGUAUAGAUGAUCCUUAUUCUCUCGAACAACUCAAGGCGCCGCGCAUGAACAUCUCAGUGGUUCGGCCGCUGGUGGACGCUUUCUACGAAAUGCAGGACCUCUCUAUUGUCUACUGCCUUCUUGUCAACCGCAUGCAAUUCAUCCGCGAACAGUCUUACGCAACUCAUCAUCAAACAGUGAAUCUCACCAGAGCUCUACUCUGCGAAUUGGUGGCCGAGAAGAUUCUUCGCAGGUACAAUGAACAAAACCCCGGUCCGCGAGGACUCCUCAAGUUGGCAAACAUCCUCGUAGCAGGAUUUGAACCGUUCCAAGGAGCCCCCGACGAGGUUUACCAACAAAGUAUCCACGCCAUGCACUGGGCCAAGCGCGAGCGAGGCGGGAGGAUCGAGAGAAAGUUGACCGCUCUAGAGGUUGCUAUCGUUAGUGCAAGCAAGAGCUUUCUGGCCAGUAGUGCAUGCCAGAAGGUCGUUGACGCGAUAUACCGAGGAAAAUUGGUUUACACUCCCAACGCCUUUGUCGAUAUCAUCCCGGAUCACUGGAAGAAGCGACCCAUCUCGUUGUACGAUCCACGGCGAGCACCGUUACUCAACCAGUAUCGACUGAUCGUCCCACGGACGCGAAAUCUUAUCGAGGUGUGCCAGUUCGUCAUGCUUCUAGUACUGUAUCUGGUGGUGAUGGCUGGCCGCGAAAGUCGGAUGAGAACGGAUUAUACUGUCAUCGAGGCGGUUUUUGACGUGUAUGCAUCCGGUUGGGUGCUCGAUCAACUCGCUUCCAUCCUGGAGCACGGUUGGGUUGUGUACUCACAAAACCUGUGGUCAUUCCUCGAUGUCAUAUUUUGCUCUCUUUUCAUGGCGUACCUGGUUUUGCGACUGCACGCAUUUCGGAUACAUGAUGAAGAGCAAUCAAUACUUUUGGCGCGGACGGCCCUCGACAUCUUGAGUUGCGCGGCCCCGGUUUUGAUACCACGGCUAGCAUUCAACAUCAUGUCGGAGAAUCUGCUAUUUUUGUCGCUCAGAGCUAUGAUGUCUGACUUUAUGACACUUACUGUUCUUGCCGUAUGGUGUUUUGCUGGGUUUCUUUUGAGUUUGAAAUGGCUGCAUGCCGGUGCCCAUCAGUCUGUGACAAUUGGCAAAUGGAUGAUAUGGAUCUGGUUCGGUCUUGACGGCACUGGCAUCGAUGAGUCUCCCGACUUUCACUGGUUCCUUGGUCCAGUAUUGAUGGUCAUGUUCGCCUUUUUAGGCAACACGCUCUUCUUGACGAUACUCGUGUCAAUGUUGACAAACACCUUCAGUAGCAUCGUCGGCAAUGCUGUUCAAGAAAUCCAAUUCCGACGAGCAGUCCUUACCUUUGAAGGGGUCAAGUCCGACGCCAUCUUUGCGUACCUGCCACCAUUCAACAUUCUCGCCCUUUUGAUCAUGCUGCCGUUGAAAUGGAUUAUAUCGGAGCGAAUGUUUCACAAGGUCAACGUUGCUGCGGUCAGAACACUCAACUUGCCCGUCUUGUUGCUUAUAUCGUUGUACGAACGAAGAACCUUGUGGGUGACAGACAAGAGGUACAAAAACAGAAAGAUUGACUGGAAAAAUCCCAAUGGUCCGAAAGCGACGGCUGGACAGUAUUGGGCCAUUUCGAGAUUCACCGUGCAUGGAGACAUACAUGCAGUGUUUGACAUCGACCCACCCCAAUCUGUUUUGGACAAGAUCGCGGAAGAAGACGAUCUGGAAGGCUCUGAUGGUAUCAGUAAAGCCCUCGGAAAUACCUUGAACAGCGGGCUUGGACAAUCACCGGUGUCGCGACGGCAGACCUGGGCGUUUAACAACGAUCAAGCAAGAUCGGUUAGCCCCAAAGAGACAAAGCAGAAGCGUCGUAGAGAUUCUCAAGAGCCUGAGCGCAUCAAGAGGGAAUUUGCAGACACCAGUGAAGCUGAAGAAGAUGAGACCGGUCAUCCCCGUGGGUAUCGGAAGCCCAAGAGAGGCGAGCGAAUGGACUCUUUAGUAGACUUCAACGACGAGGGGGAUACUGGCACCCGCCUUCUGGAAGCAAACGCAAGGCUUCACAAAAUGGAGGAGUCGAUGGCAAGGAUGGAAAGCAUGAUGGCCCAACUCUUGAACGUGGACGCUGGCGACGCGAGUUCGGAGAAUAGCGAAGGAAAGGCUGAGUUGGCCCAGGAAUUGCGAAACGAUUCGCUGAAGUGAUGGUGGUUCGUCGGGGAUUGUUUGGCGUUCAAGCAAGCGACAGUCAAUCAUGAAUCAAGUUGGAUGUAUUAUGCAGUGAGAUGGAUAAUUAUGAGGUUGUACUGGAGAGAUACUUGAAGAUCGAAUUCUCGAAAAUAGAGAGGCCUUGAGGGGGUAGAGAAGUACAUCCAUGUAC